AUCUUUUUCCCUGGACACGGGAGUCGUGUUGUUGCAGGUUAACCUUGAUGGCCGGGCGGCUUGUUUGAGCGUCAUUGUACCAUUUGAAUCACAAUAGGUGGGCGAGCACACACACGGCACAUGCAGCAGGUGUCUGCCCAUCUCUCGUCGCCUCUCUGUGUGUGUGGUCGGUGCAGCUGUUGGUGUCUGUUUGAGUGAGAUGUCCGAGGGUCACGACGACAUCCACAUGGCCUCCGCUGCCAUGGCGGACGGUGACGGUGGCGAUGCGGGUACGCCACACACAGAUGAAUGUGACACAUCAAACACACAGCAUCAGCGCCACACGUGUCUGUGUGUGUGUGUGUGUGUGUGUGUGCAGACGAUGUGGCUGAGGAGGAUAGCAAUGGCGGCGGCGAGCAGCCAGACGGGCAAGACGACAAUGACGCUGACAGUGGUGAGUCAACAGCACGCCACACAGACUGAUCAACACACCAGUGGCACACUCAUUUUCGCUUUGUUGACGAAUGUGUUGGUGUGUCUUCGUUUCAGAUUUGUUGCGUGAGGAGGAGGACGGUGGGAUGGCCGAGGAGGAGGAAGGUGUACAGGAGGCAGCUGAUAGCGAAUCCGAAUCGGUGGGUCACUCAUUGACAGCCACAGCCGCCCCAUGCGACGAGCGUCAGCAGUGUUUCUCACUCUUUCCCUUUGUUGUGGCAGGGUGGUGUGCAGGAUGACAGUGAUGGUGACGGUGGGCCGCUGGGCGACGGCAUCGAUGACGACGACGAGAGCGAUGAAGACGACGGCUAUGAGGAGGACGGUACGCCAGACAGACAGACAGACAGACGCGAAAGAGUGUGAUCCGCACACACAUUCCUUCACUGUGUGUGUCGUGUGGUGGCUGUGUGUGUGUGUGUUGCAGGACAUCCUGUGGAGGUGGCCACCACGGUGGAGGUGCCUGACGGCUGUUGGAGAUCCGAUGACAUCGAGGCUCGAUUUCCCCACUAUACCAACGAGGCUACCAGGCAGCUGGCAUUGGGCAUCAUCGGCCGCACCAUCACCAGCCCUCAGCAAGCGACACGUCUCAUCCAGCAGAACGCCGACCCAGAUGUCAUGCCUCGACUGCGGCAGAAGGGCAGCGGGUAUGGUGACGUCUACGGCUACCCCCUCUUGUGUCUCGCUAUUGACAACAAGUCGGACUACACCGCCGAGACAAUCCUGGCAGGGGACAGUCUUGAUUGCCGCCUCUUCGCCUUGCCACACUGGUCGUCGGAUGAGCUGCAGUCGGCAAUAAUUACCGCGCUGCUCGACAGAGGGGCAGACGUCAAUGCGGCAGCCGACGAGACCGGGGAGACGCCUCUCCACUUGGCGAUCGCAUGCGGCAAUCAGACGGCCUUCGACCUGCUGAUGGCGCGUCACGACGUUGACCUGCGCCCAGCAGACGCACACGCAGUAAGGGUGAUGGAGCUGCCCGAGCCGCUGCGUCCGCCUCCCCCCGAGUAUCUGCAGCUGCUCAUGUCGAUGUAUGAGCGACUCAUCGCACGAGACCCCACACUCGCAACCCAACGACGCGGCGGCCUCAACCUGGUUUUUCAUGCAGCCGGGUCGGAGGAGGGCCACUACCCCCAAUGGUUUAUCGACGCCUAUCUGGACCUCGUUACGGCGAACGGGGCCGACAUGACGGCAGACGAUGCCGGUGGGGAGACGCCACUGCACAGGGCGGCCUUCAUCGGUUCUCCCCACGUGGCCGACUACCUCUGCCGCAAGCUGCCCGCUGACCAGAUCAACAGACGGACAGUCGCCGGCAACACGCCCCUCGCCAUAGCUGCCUAUGAGCUCGAUCGGCACACCCAACAUCUGCAGCACCCGAACACUUCCGAGGCCGACAAGGAGGAGGUGCGCGCCGAGAUUCCCAACUACAAGCUGACGAUCCGCAGCCUGCUGCGGGUGGGGGCCGACAUCAGCACCAUCCCCACAGCCACAGAAGAGCGCCGCCGCCAGCUGGUGCUGACAGAGUAUGCCGGAGUGCUCAAUGAGCUGGGUCCCCCCGUCAUGGCGGCCGUCAACGCCGCCCUCGCCCCCCACCGCUCACUCGCGGCCCUCCUGACCCCCCGGCUGGCCGUCGGCCCGCAGGAGGCCCCCGUCUUCGGCUGGCGCAUUGCGUCAUACCUCUUCGACAUGAAUGCCGCCCAGGAGGUCAUCGGUGAGGCUAUCGGUGUGCGGCACACCGACAUGGCCCGCCGUGUGUGUGCGGCAGCGGAGCACUUCAUCCAUUCGGCGGUGUACCAGGCCAGCAGCAACAGGGAGGUGGUGGGCGGAAUGAGGUAUGAGCAGCAGGGCGACAAGCGGCUCAAGGUGACGGUGCCGCAGCUGCAGUGCUUUGUGGUGGGCGGUGUGGGUGGCCGCAAGAUGGAGUUGCGUGAGGUGGUGCAGCGGGCCAUCCUGGACGAGGCGGCCAAGUGGGGGCGGCGGGGGAGAUCGACAACGGCUUCAGCAAGGAUGUGGCUGCCGUCGAGUGGGGGGCGGUGGGGUGGGUCGACAAGGGGUGGGACGGGAGGGAGACAUUCAGACGGCUGGGGAUGACGUGAGAGAGGCAAACAAAGAGAUGAGGCAGGCAGGGGGGAUAGAGUGUUGGAUGGACAAAUCGUUAUCGCUGCUUCUGUCAUCUUGAAGAAGAAGUUCCUUUUCUCGACUCUCAUCCCGACAAAUAUUACGAGUCAAUCUAUCGG